UGCCCGCCAGCGUGUCCGCCGCGCCGCCGCCAGCAUGGGCUGCGCCCCGAGCAUCCACAUUUCCGAGGAGCGGGCGGUGUACCCCGGCGGCAAGGAGGCCGAGGGCGCGCCGGGCCCCGCGGCGGCGGCGGCGGCGCCCCCGUUGUCCGGCGAGCCGCGCCUCCCACAGGCCCCGAAGACGGCCGUCCUGCCCCGGGCCCGCGACAGCAGCCUCGUGGAGUCCGAGCCUCGCGACGGCAGCGGCAAGCAGGUAGCAGCAGCUGACGUGCAGUUUGGUCCCAUGAGAUUUCAUCAAGAUCAACUUCAGGUACUUUUAGUGUUUACCAAAGAAGAUAACCAGUGUAAUGGAUUCUGCAGGGCGUGUGAAAAAGCAGGGUUUAAAUGUACGGUCACCAAGGAGGCCCAGGCUGUGCUGGCCUGUUUCCUGGACAAGCAUCAUGACAUCAUCAUCAUUGACCACAGGAACCCGCGGCAGCUGGAUGCAGAGGCACUGUGCAGGUCUAUCAGAUCAUCCAAACUCUCAGAAAACACAGUCAUCGUUGGUGUAGUACGCAGGACAGAUAAGGAGGAACUGUCUGUGAUGCCCUUCCUUGCUGCUGGCUUCACCAGGAGAUAUGUGGAGAACCCCAGCAUCAUGGCCUGUUACAAUGAGCUGCUGCAGCUGGAGUUUGGAGAGGUGCGGUCGCAGCUGAAACUCAGGGCUUGUAACUCAAUAUUCACUGCAUUAGAGAAAAGUCAAGAAGCAAUCGAGAUCACAAGUGAAGACCACGUCAUUCAGUAUGCAAAUCCAGCAUUUGAAACAACAAUGGGCUAUCAGUCAGGUGAAUUAAUAGGGAAGGAGUUAGCAGAAGUGCCUAUAAAUGAAAAAAAGGCCGACUUGCUGGAUACUAUAAACUCGUGCAUCAGGAUAGGCAAGGAGUGGCAAGGAAUUUACUAUGCCAAAAAGAAAAAUGGAGAUAAUAUACAACAAAAUGUGAAGAUAAUACCUGUUAUUGGACAGGGAGGAAAAAUUAGACACUAUGUGUCCAUUAUCAGAAUGUGCAAUGGCAACAAUAAGGCUGAGAAAAUACCUGAAUGUGUUCAGUCGGACACUCAUGCAGAUACCCAGACAGGCAAGCAUAAAGACAGGAGGAAAGGCUCCCUGGAUGUCAGAGCUAUUGCUUCUCGCACAAGUGAAGUGUCCAGCCAGAGACGCCAUUCCUCCAUGGCCCGCAUACAUUCCAUGACGAUCGAGGCGCCCAUCACCAAGGUGAUCAAUAUUAUCAAUGCUGCCCAGGAAAGCAGUCCCAUGCCUGUGACAGAAGCCUUGGACCGUGUGUUGGAAAUCCUGAGAACCACUGAAUUAUAUUCUCCCCAGUUCGGUGCUAAGGAUGACGACCCCCACGCCAAUGACCUUGUUGGGGGCCUGAUGUCUGAUGGUUUGCGGAGGCUGUCGGGGAAUGAAUAUGUCCUUUCAACAAAAAGCCUCCCACAGGUUUCAAGCAGUAUGAUCACUCCCAUCUCCCUGCCCGACAUCCCUCCACGGAUAGCUCGGGCCAUGGAAGACGAGGAAACCUGGGACUUCAACAUUUUCGAACUGGAGGCUGCCACCCACAAUAGGCCUUUGAUUUACCUUGGUCUCAAAACCUUUGCUCGCUUUGGAAUCUGUGAAUUCUUAAACUGCUCCGAGUCAACACUGAAAUCGUGGCUACAAAUUAUUGAAGCCAAUUACCAUUCUUCUAACCCCUACCACAAUUCUACACAUUCGGCCGACGUGCUUCAUGCCACUGCCUACUUCCUGUCCAAGGAGAGGAUAAAGGAAACUUUAGACCCAAUUGACGAGGUGGCGGCCCUCAUCGCGGCCACCAUUCACGAUGUGGACCACCCUGGGAGAACCAACUCCUUCCUGUGUAAUGCCGGGAGUGAGCUGGCCGUGCUGUACAACGACAUCGCCGUGCUGGAGAGCCACCACGCGGCCCUGGCCUUCCAGCUGACCCUUGGAGAUGACAAGUGCAACAUCUUUAAAAACAUGGAGAGGAAUGACUAUCGGACGCUGCGCCAGGGUAUCAUCGACAUGGUCCUGGCCACGGAGAUGACCAAGCACUUUGAGCACGUCAACAAGUUUGUCAACAGCAUCAACAAGCCCUUGGCAGCACUAGAGGAAAACGGGGAAACUGAUAAAGACCAUGAAGCCAUAAAAGCUAUGCUCAGAACUCCAGAGAACCGGACUCUGAUCAAACGAAUGCUGAUCAAGUGUGCGGACGUGUCCAAUCCCUGUCGACCCCUGGACUACUGCAUCGAGUGGGCUGCUCGUAUCUCAGAAGAAUACUUUUCUCAGACCGACGAGGAGAAGCGGCUGGACCUGCCCGUGGUGAUGCCGGUGUUUGACAGGAAUACCUGCAGCAUCCCCAAGUCCCAGAUCUCCUUCAUCGACUACUUCAUCACCGACAUGUUCGAUGCCUGGGACGCCUUCGUGGACCUGCCUCACUUAAUGCAGCAUCUGGACAACAACUUUAAAUACUGGAAAGGACUGGAUGAGAUGAAGCUGCUGAGCCUGCGGCCGCCUCCCGAAGAGUGUGGGGAGGAAUCACUCGCAGAGGAGCAUGGGACGGGCCCGGGCCCCGGGCCCUGAGCCUGUGUCCCUCCCAUCACUGGGAAUCCCGAGGGCAGCCAGACCUCCUCGUCUCGUCAGUAUUAGGCAGAACCGUCCCGGUCCACAGGGCCUGUGAAGUGCAUGGGACCUUCUGCAGCCACCAUCCGCUGCCACUGCCAUCCAGGAAACUGGCCCCAAGAGCGGGGGCCUGCGGCAGGGGCUCUGCAGAGCGGCCCUGGGCGCCGCGGUUCGCAUCAGCGUCCCGGUGAGACAGGGCUCCCUGCGCGCGGAGCCACAGCCGCCCUGCCACGGCACAGAAGGUGCAAUCACUCACUUUGGAACACUACUGAAAGUGACUGCUCUUUAAAAAUUUAGUAGCAAAUGAAAAAUAAAAAAGGAAAUUCUGAAGCUGAUUAUUACUAUCAAUUAUUAAAAUGUUUUAUUUAUUUUAUUAGAAGUUCAAUAUUUUCUAUGAA